AUGGACCAGUUGAUGAGGACUGAUGAUGGCCAGAUUCUGUGGUAUAACAGACAAACAAAUAGUUACCAAUUGGUUGAACUACAGGGUGAACACAGUGAUCUUUUCUGUCCUGCGAAGCCUGUACUGGAAGUUGAGUCCCCCGAUUUUGAGCCUAGCAGCAAUGACAGCUGCACCAAUAAUGUUGGAUAUACACCUGGGAAUCAUAUUGGGGCAAAGGCCAAUGUUUGGGAUAAAGAUCAAACUUUAUCACUAUUAGACCUAUGCCAACAACAUCAUGAUGAACUUACUAAUCCUAGUGCUGAUCAAUGUGCGAACCGCAUGAAGACACUGAUUGUGAAAUACAAGGAAGUGAAAGAUCACAAUGCUAGAAGUGGAAAUCACCCUAAGGAGUGGCAAUACUUUGAACAAGAGGCAAAUUAUUUGGGUGGAAGACCUGGGAUAACCCCACCAGCAGCUUGCUCGAGCAUCUCAAAAUCUAUGGCCACUUCCAGAAAAGAAAAUGAUAAGAAAAAGAAGAAAGUGAGGAGUUCACCUAGAACAGAUAUGCUCCAUUGGCUGAAUGAAUACAAAGCAGAUGUGGAACGUAGAGAAGAAAGAUGA